CAAGCUGAGCGACUGAGCCCACGACAUUAAGAGCAAGCGGAGAGAUGGACCACUGCGUGCUCGAAGCCGAACUCGACAACCUUGGCAAUGCUCAAAGCCAAGAAGAGCAGAGCAAGAAGAAGCCGUCCAUCUACAAGAUCCCUCCCGUCAUCAUAUCCGACCACAACAAAAAAGCCUACCAGCCCCAGUCGGUGUCGUUUGGGCCGUACCAUCACGGGGAGCCUCGCCUGAAGCCCAUGGAGGAUCAUAAGCAACGCGCUUUUUACCAUUUUCUCAAAAGAUCGUUGAAGCCUCAAGUCGAAAUCUUCGACUCCAUGGUCGAAGUGGCUCAAGAGCUCAAGGAUUCGUAUGGCUCGCUCGAGCCCAAGUGGCAAGACGAUACUAAAAAAUUUGUGACGCUAAUGAUUGUGGAUGAGUGUUUCAUCUUGGAAAUAUUACGGGUGGCAAACCAGCCAUUUGAGAGUGAUUAUUCUAACGAUGAUCCCAUAUUCGGCUAUCAUGGGAUGCUCUAUGCCAUGCCAUUUAUCAGGCGAGACAUGUUGUUGUUAGAGAAUCAAUUGCCAAUGCUCGUACUAGUCAAGCUCAAAUGCUUUGAAGAAAAUGUCGAGUAUAACGUGGACUCUACGAACAUGCUGAUACUCAACUUCUUCGGCUUUCGCACUCGUGACUUUGAAAGGGGCAAAAGCCUACACAUCCUGGACCUCUAUCGACAGAGAUUGCUUGUAAAGCGGUCCAAACCCACUGAACGUAAUUUCAAGCGAAUCCAUAACCAGAUAGUCCCCCUCAACCUGUCAGCCACGAUGUUGAUUGAAGGUGGCAUCCGCUUCAGGAGGAGUGAAGGCAAUAGCCCCAUGGACAUCUCCUUCGACGGCGGCAUCCUGAGGCUCCCCAAAUUCGUUGUCAAUGAUACCACUGAAUCGACCUUCCUGAACCUCAUGGCAUUUGAGCGGUGCAACAUUGGAGUCGGCCACGCCAUUACUUCGUUCAUCUGCUUCAUGGGCAACAUUAUCUACCACGAUCGUGACAUCAGCUUGCUAAGUUCCGAAAGGAUCAUCGUCAACUUCGUUGGCACCGACAAGGUUGCGGCCAAUUUGUUCCAUACGAUGUCGAAGGAUUUGGUGAUAGAUCCCUCCAGUCACCUUAACUUGGUGACUGUGAGAAUGGCCUCCUACUGGGGGAAGCCGUGGCCUAAAUGGCGCGCCGAACUGACUCGUACUUAUUUCAGAAAUCCAUGGGCGACUGUUUCUGUCAUCGCUGCCGUCAUCCUCUUUGCCCUCACCAUAUUGCAGACUGGCUUCACCGUCUACGAUCUCAUGCUUAAAUAA